UCAUACAAUCAAUUUUGAGAACUUCUCUUCUUCAACUACUCUCAUAUCUUUCUCUGAGUGAUAUUGAAAAAAGAACAAUGGCAAAUUCUUUGAGCUUUCUCAUGCUUCUUUCUUUACUAGCAUUUGCUCCUUUUUGCCUCUGUCAUAAGAAAAUGGGGUCUUACCUUUAUCCACAAUUUUAUGACUAUUCAUGUCCACAAGCUCAGAAUAUUGUUAAGUCCAUCCUUGCCAAUGCUGUUGCAAAGGAACCCCGUAUAGCUGCUUCACUUUUGAGACUUCAUUUCCAUGACUGUUUUGUCAAGGGUUGUGAUGCUUCAAUAUUGUUAGAUAACAGUGGAAGCAUUAUUAGUGAGAAGGGUUCAAAUCCGAACCGUAAUUCAGCUAGAGGAUUCGAGGUCAUUGAUGAAAUUAAAUAUGCACUAGAGAAAGAAUGUCCUCAUACAGUUUCUUGUGCUGACAUUUUGGCUAUAGCUGCUAGAGAUUCAACUGUUCUUGCUGGUGGACCAAACUGGGAAGUGCCUCUAGGCAGAAGAGACUCACUAGGUGCAAGUUUAAGUGGUUCCAACAACAACAUUCCAGCCCCAAACAACACAUUCCAGACAAUCCUAACUAAAUUCAAACUUCAAGGACUUGACAUUGUUGAUCUUGUUGCUCUUUCUGGGAGUCACACUAUAGGAAAGUCAAGGUGCACAAGCUUUAGGCAAAGACUCUACAACCAAACUGGAAAUGGCAAGCAAGAUUUCACUCUUGAUCAAUACUAUGCUGCUGAAUUGCGCACUCAAUGUCCAAGAUCUGGUGGUGACCAAAAUCUGUUCUUCCUAGACUAUGUCACACCGACAAAAUUUGAUAACAAUUACUUCAAGAACCUAUUGGCUUACAAGGGACUAUUGAGCUCUGAUGAAAUUCUGUUGACAAAGAAUCAAGAAUCAGCUGAGUUGGUGAAAUUGUAUGCUGAGAGAAAUGAUCUUUUCUUUGAGCAAUUUGCUAAGUCUAUGAUCAAGAUGGGAAAUAUAUCUCCUUUGACAGGUUCAAGAGGAAACAUUAGAACAAAUUGCAGGGUGAUUAAUACUUGGUGAUCAAGCAAUAUAUCAUUGCUUUAUACAAAUCAUACAUGAAAAUUGCAUAUGAAUUAUAUUUUUAUGUUUACUUUUUUCCCUUGGUGAGUUGAUUAUCUUGAAUCCAUUGCUAGUGUGUCCACUUUGGGCAUUUUGGCUUUGGAUAGUAUUCUUGUGUGUCUCAUGAAAUUAUUGUACUUAAUUCCAUAUCUUUUAUAAAGAAGUGAUUGUUCUUCCUUAAUCCA